CUGAAAUUCAUUAUGCCUUUAAAACCCCGUUUUAUUUCCGCAUAACCUACAUACUCUCGCCAGGAGGCCAAAGCGAAGAAAAAAAGAGCAAUUCGAUGCGGGGUUCUUCAUUCUAAUUCCAAACCACGGACUUUUAAUCGCUAGAAUAAUUUGUUUAGAAAACUAGAUAGUAAUUUAUUAAGAAGAAAAUGUCCGGAGAGCGAAACCGCAGGUCGCUGGCUUUCCGAGGAGGCGGAUUAGUCGCGACCGGCUCGAGCGGCGGCCGAAGCACUACCGCGGACAGCUGGGAGGCCCAGGCCUGGACUGACCGACACUUAAACGGGACCAAACCGGACCUGGACGAGGACAAGAACCUGGGGGCGAAAAACGGACCAUCUCCAGGGCGAGUAGAGGGCGGAGGGUCGGUCAGCGACAGCACAGAACCCGAAGCAGAAGAGGACGAAGACCCGGAAGGGAGCAAGUGGCAGACCGGGAGAAACUCUGACAGAAGUCCGUGGACUCCCACCAAGAACAGCGAGCGCUGGAGCUCCGGGAACGGGCUGAACGGAGAGGACGGAACCACCGGAUCAGAGGACAGAAAAGCGUGGGUCGAAAUGAGACCGCAGACGCUGCUUCAGAAACACUCGCUGUUCCAAGCCUCCUGGCUCCAGGAGUUUUCCUGGCUUAAAUUUUGCCAAGAAACGGGACUCAUGUCCUGUUCGUGGUGUCACAACAUUACCGGCUGCAACAACAACACCGACGAGCUGGUGAAAGGCAGUCGGAAUUAUAAACGCGCCCUGCUGCUCAGACAUCACCUGUCCUCCGAGCACGGCCGCAACGACCCGACCAAACAGGAGACAGAGAGACUAGAUGACACUGAGGGCUUUGAGUUUGACUACAGAAGCAAGCCAAAUGAAAACUCGUACUGCUACCAGCUGCUCCAGGAACUGGACAAGCAGCGCAAGAGUGGCAUCCUGUGCGACGUCAGCAUUGUUGUUUGCGGACAGGUGUUCCAGGCGCACAAGAACAUCCUGGUGGCGGGAAGCCGUUAUUUCAAGACCCUUUACUGCCUGACCAAAAGCGAGAACUUUGACCAAACCACAGUGACCCACCUAGACGUUGCAGCUGUGCAAGGCUUCUCUGUCAUCCUGGACUUCCUGUACUCUGGAAACCUGCUGCUCACCAGCCAGAAUGCCAUCGAGGUGAUGUCUGUGGCCAGCUACCUGCAGAUGAGCGAGGUGGUACAGUCUUGCCGUGCCUUCAUCAAAGAUGCCCUGAACAUCAGCAUCAAGCAGGAAGCACCAGACUCCGUGCUGGUGGACUACAACAAGCGUCGUGCUGUGCCCCAGGAUGAGAAGAAGCCAGGCAAUUUCUGGGCCACCAGCAUUCUGUCCAAGCUGUCCAUCAAGGCCAGCGGGCAGGUGAAGGAGGAACCAGGUGAUGCUGCUGUGCCUGUACUGGGCACCUCUGCCUGGGGAGGAGAGAGCUCGGUUGAGUCAGGGGAGAGGGAGGCGCAAGGACCAGGGCCUGUGUUCGUCUGGAAUGAGCCACCUCCAGGUGCGGGAGCUGCCAUGAAGACAGAGGAUCGACCAGAACCCGGCAGCGGCAGGCGGAAAAAGCAGAUAGCCAGACGCUUCGUGUACAACAUCCCACCUGAGCCGGAGGAGGGCUUUGAUGAGGGCAUGUUUAUCCAGCCAUCUGCAUCUUACACCAGAGAAGACUACACUUACCUCUCAGAGAACACAGGCGAACCGGUUGACACUGCUCUGAAUAAGCUCAAAUGUCCUCACUGUAACUACAUAGCCAAGCACCGCCGAACACUAAAGCGCCAUCUGAUCAUCCACUCGGGUGUGCGCUCUUUCAGCUGCGACAUCUGCGGCAAGCUCUUCACCCGCCGAGAGCACGUCAAGAGACAUUCCCUGGUGCACAAGAAGGAUAAGAAGUAUAAGUGCAUGGUGUGUAAGAAGAUAUUCAUGUUGGCGGCAAGCGUGGGGAUCCGUCACGGAUCGCGGCGCUACGGGGUGUGCGUGGACUGCGCCGACUCGCACCAGGCUACUCAGGAGGGGAUGGAGGCCAUGCAAGAGCUGGAGUACAGCCGCGACGAAGAUUUCGAGGAGAACGCUGAGGUAGAUGAGGAGAUGGGUGAGGAGGGGGACAUGGAAGAGCCCCACGACAAUGACCAAUCCAACUACGAGGGUGACACGGGUGCCACUCCUGAAGAGGACUAACCUCAAUGCAACUUAAAAAAAAAAAAAAAAAAUUACAAAGAUAAAAAUAGCUGGGAAACAAUCAAUAACUCCAAAGUGCUAUCAAACCUCAUGGUUGCACAGUAGUGUGUAUGUCAGAGAAUAAAAGCUUUGGUAGUUAGGGACUCCAAGAUGUAAAGAUUGUGUGACUGAGAGUCUAGGCCUGCUGCCUGUUAGAGAAAGAGAUAAUGAUGUAUGAAAAUCAGGUUUUUCAGUGAUGUAUUUUUUUCUGCUUUACUAGGGUCUGAUGGUGUACAGUGUUUUACGUUACGAUAGGCCAAUCAUGUUAAAGAUAUUAAUUAUUUAAUUUAUGAACAGAAGUUAAUAUGGUCUUAUUAUAAUGUUUUAAUUUGUUUGUUUUUUCAUGUUUAGUGAGAGAAGUUCCAUUUAAGGCUGCGCUUCCUGGCCAAGUCUGAGCAUCCAUGGUUUUCAUAACCGCUCUGACUUUAAAGCCAGAUCAUUUGAUACGUUGCCUACAGGAAGAUUUGAUUUCCUCUCAAGUUGUGUAGAUAUAUUUAGUUGUCGUAAAGUCUAUGAGCUAUUUCCUUUCCUUUUUUUCUGCACAAGUCUUGGAACCAAAAAAUCUGUUUUGUGACUAAUUGACCACAGCCAUAUUUAUGAAUAAGUUAUAUUGGGGGCUGUGCUAUUGUGCCAAACAGAACGCACACCAAGAUUUGGCAGGACACAAACUACUGAAAAUGCUGUUGAAAGUGAGUUAAAUGUUAAAACAGAGAAAAACGUAUAUAAAAAGAGUGCAUAUAAGGGGAAUAUAUUAUUGCUAGCUUUAUAUGAAUCACAGCGUCACCGUAACACUUUAUAAAGCAUUUUGACAUUCACUUAAAGCUUGAAAUUUGCCAAAUGACGGAAACGUUUGGUGCUGUUAUGCUUGUUUUUUGAAAUACUGGACCUAAAAGCUGUAUAUGAUAUUAAUCGUAAAAGCCUACUCAACUCAGAUAUUCUAAUUAGCUCUGUAUGUAACACUGUUGUGCUAAAGAGCCGAUCAGGUAUGCUUUGCCAUUGUUUAUUUAAUGCACACAUGCACACACACACACACACACACACAUACAUACCAUUUUAUUUUAUGUUUUCUUUUCUAUUUUAUUUAAUUUAAUUGACCGGCAGUACACAUUAAGAUGACCCAAAGUUUUGGACCUUUUAUAAUUGGUGUGAGGUACUGAGCAUACUGAUAAUCACUUGAAUGGUGUGUGUGUGUGUGUGUGUGUGUGUGUGUGUGUGUGUGUGUGUGUGUGUGUGUGUGUGUGUGUGUGUGUGUGUGUGUGUGGAAAGUUAUCGUGAAGAAUGCUGAUUGGUUGGGAUGUAUGAAGUCUGUUUUGUGCAAAAACAUACUAUUUACAAUUGUUUUAUUUGACUAGAUGUUAUUAUUUCUGCCGAUUAAGAAACACUUUGGUCAUGGUAAUGUAAAGUGAAGCUUGAUGGAGAGCCAUAGUCACGCACUUACUGCUUUACAUUCGUUUUUGUUUUUUCUCUUAUUUCCCCAAAGCCGGUCUGGAUGGAAAUAAAAGAAAACUGUUAAGUCCAUGUGCAACUUUAAAAAUUUCUUUUUUCCUUUUUUACAUUUCAUUAUUUAAUAUUAUAUAUAUAUAUAUAUAUUGAUUCCAAAAUGCAAUCAAGACUGUUAAUUUCUAUGUGUCUUACCAAAAUUGUUUGAUUAAUGCUGAAUUAAUGUGUGAGAAGCCAGGUAACCUGUUUAAUGUAAAUCUUCGCUUGUGUGUUUGUAAUUGUCAGACUUAAAUAUUUUUAAUUUUAAAAUCAUUCACUUUACCUUAGAUGCAUUUAUUGUUUUGUGUUUCCUUUCCACACUGUUCUUUUUUUAUUUCAGAGCAGAUUUUCUAAGAAAUAAUGUUUGUGGUCUAAAAGCUAGAAACAACAGUUUCUGAUCAUAUGCAGUGGACGUAUUGAAGUGCUAUAAUAAUACAGAGUUUGUCUAUCUUUUCCUUUACUCCAGAUGAAAGUGUAUUUUAAAAGCUCUAUAGAAAAUAAUCAUCCUAUUUGUAUUAUUCACCUUCAAUCACUGUGGGAGGGAUAGUAUAUAUAUGAAAGUAUAUAAAAUAUUGACAUACACAUAUAUAUAUAUAUAUAUAUAUAUAUAUCUAAAUAGAUAUUUAAGUUGUUGAUUUCGAUAAUGGAACUUGGGCCUGGCUUUACCUGUCCUUUCCAGCUUUUCUUCCUGUUCAUCUGUGUGCUUGUUCACCCACACAUUGUAACUUCUUUCUCAUUUUGUCUGUAUCUGAUGAUUUUAGACUUACAUAUUAUGCUAUAUUUGGGCAUAAUCAACAAAAAGCAAAACACUACAGAUGAAGGUUUUUUCCAGCUGUAUUUUUUAAAAACCGUUUCAAAGAUGUAUUUUUCAACUCUUACCGUGGAUGCAAACUGGGCCUUCGGCUCACCUCGUACACAAAGCAAAUCAGGUUACUCUUUUUAUGUUUUUCAAGAGAAAUGCUUUCUUCUUUCUGUUUAAAUUGUUCUACUGUUCAUCUGUAAUACAUUUUAAAAUAAAACUUUGAUAUUG